UUACUAAUAUUUUUUAAAAAUUAUUAAUAUGAAAUUCUAUCAUUAAUUAGAGUCAUUUAGCAAUUCUCUAUUUUGGGUAUCUUUAUUAUAUCAAUAUGGUUGCAAAUUGGAAUUGCAUGAUAUAAUCCCAAUUCAUUAAGCAACGUAUCAUCAUCAUCAUGAUUCAUCACCGUUCUCCUCCUCGCCGUUGGCGCCGCCGCCGCCGUCGUCGUCGUACGAUCACGGAUCAUCCCCUUCCGGAACCACUCAUUCAAACCAUAUUGAAACUUCUUCCUCCCAAAGACGCAAUUCGAGCUUCUCUAACCUCGAAGCUAUGGCGAUCGGCUUGGAUUGCAUCUCCACUCUUCGAAUUUGACGAACAAACCCUACCUUUCAAACAAGCAGAUUUCUACGACUAUGUGGAACGCACAUUGGCACUCUGGCUCAACCACUGCGACGAUCAUACACUUAAGAUGGAAAAGCUUUCUCUCUGUUCUGACCUCGGUAAAGAUGGUAUAUUCUUUCCUCGCCUUAUUGAAUUUGUUUCCAUAGCCACAAACCGUAACGUAAAAAUCAUACAACUUCAAAAUCGCUCUAAAGUAUAUUCUGGUAUGAUCUCGUCUAAUGAUUCUUUAUGGUCGUUGUUUUCUGCCUGCAAAUCGCUCGAUGUUUUGUCAAUGAAUUGUUUUGAAUUAUCAUUAGGGAAUUCAUUACCAGUAAUCUCUUCUGUAAAGAAGCUUCAUUUGAGUUGUGUAGGUAUAGAUGAAAGUAGCUUAAAGAAUCUGUUAUCUAGUCUUCCUUUGUUAGAAGAAUUAGAAGUUGUGUUUUGCUUUCGUUUCACUGAGUUACUUAUUUCGUGCCCUAAACUCAAAAUAUUGGUGGCAAAUAUGUUUGGUAAUACAGCCAAAUAUAUCUCCAUUGAUGCUAUGAAUCUCCAAUCUUUCACUUACAUUAGGAGUUUGAAUUCCCGUGGAAGUGUUAGAUUUUUGAAAAAUUGUAAAUUUUUGAAGAGUAUGAUCAUUGAGAAUACCACAUUUCAUACCGCUGAUGAAUUUGAGGAAUGUCUUUCUCAAAUUCCCUUUCUUGAGUAUUUGAAUCUUGAGUGUUGUCACAUGGUUGAGGAGAAGGAGGGUGUUCAGAUUUCUCAUUCCAAUCUCAAAAGUUUGGUGGUGAGAAGAUGUUUUAGUCUUCACAAAGCUGAAUUCAACACACCCAACCUUCGAUUCUUCGAAUAUUCUGGCGCCGUUAUUACCUUGUUUAAAAUUAGAUAUUGUUCUGGGAAACUCAAUGCAAAAAUUGAGUUGUACACAGGUUAUCUUGAUGGAACAGAGUGGUUUUGGUUUGUUAAGCUGAGAAACUUUGUUGAAAUCUUUUGUGACUGUGAAGUAUUGUCUAUGGCUCUUCAUAUAGAGGGAUUUCCUGAAGAACUGAGAAAUAAUGAUAUGCUUCCUGACCCCUUUUUUGAGCUGAGGCAUUUGAAUAUCUCGAGUUCACGGUACCUAAUUUCACAAUAUGCCAAUUUCUUUGAUCCCUUGGUUAAGAUUUUCCCUUGUGUGGAAACCCUUAAAAUGAAGACACGUGAUUGUGCUAUCUCCAUUGAGUUUGAUGAAGAUAGAGAUUUUACUUACAACUGGAAAUCCCUUACAUCGGCUUCAAAUAAUGAUGGCCAUAUCAAAGAAUCCGUGGAAGCAAUUGUGAAUUCCCUUAGCUAUUCAGAGGAGCAAAACUCUGCAAAUGAAUACUCUGAGAUGGAUGUAGAAAUGGAGUGAACAUUUCGAAUCUGCACUUUGGGCUUGAGUUAUCUGGUUAAAUAAAAUAAAAAAGUUUUAGAAAGAAUAGUAAAAUCAAGUAUCUUCAAUUUUGAAUUAUUUUAUACUAAUAUUUUUAUCCAAAUUAGUUAAAUGCUAAACUUUUUCUUUUUCUUCAAAUGUUCAAAAAUAAUCUUUUUAAGUAUUAUUUUUUUGUCACAACUAUUUUAGUAGGUAUUUGAAUUAUAAUAACUAAUAAAUAGAACUAUUUUAAUAUAGUUGUAAUUUAA